AUGGCGCGUAUCCUCUGCAGUGAUCCCAUUGAUCCCAUAUGCCCGGAACUGUUACGUGCUGCCGGUCACGACGUUACAUGCGACUCGACGGGUCUCUCCCACACUGAAUUGAUUACGCAGGUGCCUGAUUACGACGUGCUCAUCGUUCGCUCCGGCUCUAAAGUGGAUCGACAAGUACUGGAUGCUGGACAAAAGUUGCAGCUCAUUGGUCGCGCUGGCACAGGCGUGGAUAACAUUGACAUGGUAAACGCUACGAAACAGGGCGUGCUGGUCAUGAAUACGCCCUUUGGCAACACCAUUUCGGCCGCUGAGCUCACAUUGGGGCUCAUUACUGCCGUCUCUCGACUUGACAAGGCCACUGACAUGGAGGAGUUAGUCGUCCGUCACUCGGAAAUCCACGGUAAAACGCUCGGUAUCGUCGGUCUUGGCCGCAUUGGUCGAGAAGUGGCUGCACGAUGCAAUGCUUUUGGUUUGAACAUUAUUGGCUACGAUCCUAUUCUGUCCAAUGCUAGUGCCAAGAUGCACGGCAUUGAGCCUGUUUCGUUGGAUGAACUCUUCUCCCGCAGUGACUACAUCACUCUCCAUGUCCCACUUAAUGCCAAUACCAAGCACUUAGUGAAUGCGCAACGUCUCGCGCUCUGCAAAGACGGUGUCAAGCUAGUGAAUGGAGCUCGGGCGGGUCUGAUCGACCACCCAGCGCUGCUGGAAGCUAUUGAGAGUGGCAAAGUUGCGGGUAUGGCCUUUGAUAUCAACACGCCGUCGCCUCCGUCCGAGACUUGGAAGAAACUCGUGAAUCACGAGAAUGUGAUUGUUACGCCGCACAUUGGUGCGUUGACUACUGACGCACAGGAAAAGGUGGCACGUGACUUGGCUUACAAGGUGAAUGACGCUCUCGCAGGCAAGUCUUACAAGGGCGUGGUCAACGCGCCAAACAUUGAUUUCGACAGGCGCGAGGAGCUCAUGCCUUUGCUGUCACUUGCGGAAAAGCUUGGUAGUAUGCAGGCGCAGUUGCUAGACGACAGUCGUCUUAAGCGCGUACUUGUCAUCGCGGAGGGGCCUAAGGUUACGUCGUCGGAACUGUCGGGGCAGCUAGUAAAAGGCGUGAUGAAGGGAUUGCUAUCGCACAUGCUGGAGGAGGAGGUGACGUUUACGAACGCAAAACAGCUUGCUGACGUCAUGGGCAUUCAGACUGUGGAGCACAAGCACGAUGAAGCCUCUGGCAGCAGCUUCUCGGACCAGCUUACUGUCAUUUUUGAGAAAGAGAACGGCACAUCGAAGAAGAUCACGGGUACGGUAUUCGGCAAGAACCAGCUGCGCUUUGUGUCUUUUGACGAUCUGCCUAUGGAUGCGAUUCCGAGUGGAUCAAUGCUGUUGUUCAACAACACUGACCAGCCUGGUGUGCUGCACAAGGUGACGUCGGUGCUAGCGAAACACAAGAUUAAUAUCGGUUGUUUCGGUCUGGCGCGUGAAGAACAUGGCACCGCUGCUGUCGGCGUGCUCAAUGUGGACGAGGCUAUUCCAGAUGCCGUUAUGGAGGAGCUCGAAGCACUGGGCAUGCUCACUAAUCUUCGCCGCGUGAACCUGCUCGAGCUGGACACGGCUGUCUCGGGUGGUAUAUGGGAGAAGUUCCUUAAGCCGAGUGCGAGCUCUGCUGAGGAAGAAACCAACGCGGUUGACGCUGGAGUAGAGAUCGUGCGUCACCCGAAGCCACGCGUAAAGCCGGCAUCACCGAAUUUUGGCUCAGGACCUUGCAAGAAGCGGCCGGGAUAUUCGCUGGCUUCCAUACCUGACAUUGUUCUAGGCCGUAGUCACCGUUCCAAGCUGGGCAAGGGCUUGCUUGAGGAAGCCAUUGUGCGUUCGAAGAAGAUUCUGAAGCUCCCGGAGGACUACCUUCUUGGCAUCGUGCCAGCUUCAGACACAGGCGCAUUCGAGAUGGCAAUGUGGUCCAUGUUGGGCGAGCGUCCCGUGGAUGUGUGCUACUGGGAGUCAUUUGGCAAGCAGUGGUUUAAGGAUGUUACGACUGAGCUAAAGCUUGACAACGUGAGAGAGUUUGGUGCGCCGUUUGGCCAGAUCCCAGACUUCUCUCAAGUGAGCUGUGACCACGACGUAUUGUUCACGUGGAAUGGCACGACUAGUGGCGUCCGUGUUCCCAACGCCGACUGGAUCCCAGACGACCGCAAGGGUCUGAUCUUUAACGAUGCUACGUCAGCUGCGUUUGCCAUGGACAUUCCGUGGAACAAAAUCGAUGUGUGCACGUUUAGCUGGCAAAAGGUUCUUGGUGGCGAAGGCGGCCACGGUGUCGUAAUAUUGAGUCCACGCGCUGUGGAGCGUUUGGAGUCGUUCGUGCCGGAGAACCGCCCACUUCCUAAGAUCUUCCGCAUGACCAACGCCAGUACAGGCAAGCUCCUAAAAGGGAUUUUUGAGGGUAGCACCAUCAACACGCCGUCGAUGUUGUGUGUAGAGGACUAUCUUGAUGCUCUGCGUUGGGCAGAGAGCGUGGGUGGUCAAGACGGACUGAUUGCAAUCUCGCAGCGUAAUUUAAAGGUGCUUGAAGUGUUUGCAGCCGAUAACUCGAGAUGGUUCAAGUUCCUCGCAGCCAAGAAAGAGAUUCGCUCCAGUACGUCCGUAUGCCUGCUAAUUGACGGUCUAUCAAAGGACGAAGUGAAGCAAAUGCAAGUAUUGCUCGAGCGUGAACAAGUUGCGUAUGACGUGGGUUCGUAUCGAGAUGCACCACCUGGACUGCGUAUCUGGUGUGGUGCUACGGUAGAGACCAAAGACUUGGAAGCUUUGUUACCGUGGAUCAAAUGGGCGUAUCUCGAAGUAAAAAGUGCCCGAGAUGCCAAGACCAAGUAG